UUGAAAUGUUUCACGACCUAGCACGUUUUGAAAAAAUCUGAUUUGGCGCGCUUUUAAAAUUCAAAUGCGCUUAUGAGCAGCAGGUACGCCGUUCAAUCGAGGAAUGCUAAUGAACAUUGGUUUCAACGAAGCUCAGUUGCAGGAAACAUUUCAAUGUUUCAUCUUUCACGAUGUCGAUUUCCUAUACCGGAAGACGACAGCAAUCCCUACACCUGUCCGGAAGACGGAAGGCCUCGUCAAAUGUCAUUUUCCAUCGAUUACUGGGACAAUUACAAGCCGACACCUAGAAACCAUUUCGGAGGUGUGUCCGCAUUAUCUACAGCUGAUUUCCAAAGAAUCAACGGCUAUUCAAAUUAUUUCUGGGGUUGGGGCGGAGAAGAUGAUCAGCUGAAUCAGCGUGUCAAAUUCAAUAAUCUGACGGUUGUGAGGGCCUUCGACGAGCAGCCGUUGCUGGUCCAUAAAGCCCGCUACAAGACGCAGUCCCACCAAAAGGCCCAGCUCAAUCCAGACCGGAAACAGGUUCUCGCUGAAGGCAACAUCCGGUUCAAAACCGACGGGCUCUUCGAUCUGAAAUAUCAGCGACUCAAUUUUCAAUUCAAACCUCUUUACUCUCACAUUCUCGUGGAUAUCCAGCCACGCCCAAUCAACUCUUAAAUUUUCGUAUAACGUUGGGAGAUCCUUGGGU